GCGGAGCAGGCGGCGGAAGCGUGAUGGAGGCUGUCAGCUGCCCGCAGCACGGGACCUUGUGCUUUCUGAAGACGGGCGUCCGCAGUGGCCCGAAUAAAGGAAAGAGCUUCUAUAUCUGCCGGGCGGACGCGUGCGACUUCGUGAGGGCCGCCGACAUUCCUGUUUCUCAUUGUUUACUGCAUGAGAACUCUGUGGUAGAACUUCAAGGUCUGCUUGCACUGCAGGGCGAGAAAGAACAAAGAUUGUUCUUCCGGUGCAGUAAAAGUAAGGCAGAGGGCAAGCGGUGGUGUGGAAAUAUCCCGUGGCAGGAUCCUGAUGUCAAAGAACAUUCUGUAACCAACAAGUCUCAGCAUUCGUCUAAGCUGCUUCAUUACUCUGCUGGCCAGCAGAGAAACCCAUUCAAGGUACUUGACAAGAAUCAAGACCCUCCAGUAUGGAAACAGUUCCUCAAAGGUGAAGAAAAGGAAAAGGUGGCUGACACGAAGCAACGGGAAAAGGCAGAUCGACCUCAACCCUUGGAUCAGAAGAAGACACAGAAGGCUGAGUCUAACUCUUGGGUGGAGCAAGGUGUUUCUCCUGGCCUGGUGGUAAAGAAAAAGCAGUCUGCACCAGGAGAGAAGCAGCAAGGGGGGCCAGCAGGGUCUCUGUGUGGAGCAAAGGAGGCUGAAGGCAGCGUUUUGGAGAUUUCAUCCACACAUAGGAAGCUGGAGAAGCCUCCCGCAUCUCCUCAGGAGGGAUCAGAUGGUGAGAGCCGUUAUGUCCAGAAAGAAGCAGAACUUCGGAGAGAAAAAGGAACCAGGCCUUUGUCUGAAUUUAUUCACAGUCAGAACCCGAUAGGCAAGCCCCAGAAAGGGGGACCUCCCAGCAAGGAGCACCCCAAGAGCGUGGAGGCUAGUGAAGCAAAGGCACCAGAUGGCUCCGGGGCGCAGAGCGUCCAGCAGAGGCCGCUCCUCCAGGGCCGUGUCCAGCCACAGGCAGAGCCUCACACUGUGCCUGCUCUGAGAGGACCCGUGGCCACCGCGGGCCUGGCCCUGGGAAAAAGGCAAGAGGCCGACACAAGCAGCAGCGACAGCGAGGAAGAUGCUGUGAGUUCUGUGUCUGCUAAGCCAGCGAGCCCCUUACUCUCUGGCUCGACCCCAGACUCACAGGAGAACCUUCAACUUCCUGGUCGAAACGCUCAAAGAAAACCAUCUCCGACCUCAGGUGUUUCCAAGGAGGUAGAACCUUCGGACCCAGCAGCCCAGCGUGUGCACCUCACUACGCAGCUGAGGCAGAAGAAGAGCAUACUGGCUUCGGUGAACAUCCAGGCUCUUCCAGACAAGGGUCAGAAGUUGCACACGCAAAUCCAGGAAUUGGAGGAGAGACUUAAUGCUCUCUCCCUGUGCCCAGAGCCAGCAGAUGUUAACGAGAAGAGUCUCACACAAGCACCACCACAGAAGAACGUCACCAAAACAACGCCUGAGCCUCCGCACUUGGUGCCCCCCGCACCCCUGCAGCAUCAGGAUCUCCAGCCUCUGGGUCAUAACAGAUUCAGUCAGCACCUUGCAGGCCCCACGAACCACCAUGGCCCCAACUGGGAGUGGCAGAUCACAAAGGAAGCCAUGUACGCCCUUCAUCAGUCACUUGAGUCGUGUCCCGAUGAGACAGCUGAGGCAGAGGACCCCGCUGGGUUGAAGGUGCCUUUGCUGUUACACCAAAAGCAGGCAUUGGCCUGGUUACUGUGGCGGGAAAGUCAGAAGCCACCGGGAGGGAUUCUGGCGGAUGACAUGGGCUUAGGGAAAACUCUCACGAUGAUUGCACUUAUUUUGACCCAGAAGAAUCAACAGAAAAUGAAAGAAGAUGACAAAAACUUGCCUCUGAGGCACCCCAAAGAUGGCCCCCCUCAAGACUCCUCUGAGUUUACUUCCCGUGGAACCCUACUCAUCUGUCCUGCUUCCCUGCUCCAUCACUGGAAAAAUGAGGUGGCAAAAUGUGUAAAGAACAACAGACUGAGCGUCUACCUCUAUCAUGGGAAAAACCGGGACUUGCGUGCGGAGGUCCUUUCUACAUAUGACAUCGUCAUCACCUCCUAUAAACUUGUGGCCCUAGAGGUUCACACAAAGAAGCAAAAGGGAGAGACUCCGGAUGCAAAGCCCAGUGUGAAGGGUCCCUCGACUCCUUUGCUUCGAAUACUCUGGGCUCGCAUCAUAUUGGACGAGGCUCACAAUAUUAAGAAUCAUGAGGUGCAGACCUCCAUCGCCGUGUGUCAGCUACAGGCCUGUGCACGUUGGGCUGUCACUGGAACCCCCAUCCAGAACAACUUGUUGGACAUGUAUUCACUGCUGAAAUUUCUUCGUUGUUCUCCAUUUGAUAAGUUGAGUCUGUGGAAGAGUCAGGUUGACAACAGUACAAAGAAGGGAGGAGAGCGGUUAAGUGUCUUAACCAGAAGCCUUUUGCUGAGGAGAACAAAAGAGCAGACGGAUGCAGCCGGCAAGCCCUUGGUGGUGCUGCCCCAGCGUGUGUUCCAGUUUCACUGCUUAGAGCUUUCUGUAGCUGAAAAGGAAGUUUACAGUGUCCUUUUUGCAACAUCAAGGUCAAUUGUGCAGUCCUAUCUUAGAAGACAUGAAGGUGAGGACAACCAGUCUGAAGAAAGCUCUGAUGAUCCAUUCAGUAGAGUGGCCCAGGAGUUUGGGUACAGCGGCCCUGCAUGCCCCACAGCCACGGUCUCACAGAGUGUCAGCAAGAGGAACGUACUGUCUCAGCUGCUGAGGCUCCGCCAGUGUUGCUGCCAUCUUUCUUUGUUGAAGACGGCCCUGGACCCGUCGGAACUGAAGAGCGAGGGCCUGGACCUCUCCCUGGAGGAGCAGCUCAGCGCUCUGACCUUGUCCGAAUUCCAUGACGCAGAGCUGUCAUCCACUGUCGCCCUCAAUGGCAAACAUUUCCAGGUGGAGCUGUUUGAAGACACGAGAGAGAGCACCAAGAUCUUAUGCCUGCUGGAAAAGUUGGAGGCAAUCCGAAGAGAACCAGGGUCCCAGAAGAGUGUCAUCGUCUCCCAGUGGACCAGCAUGCUCAAAGUUGUGGCCCGGCACCUCAGGAGGCACGGACUGACUUACGACACCAUCGAUGGCUCUGUGAACUCCAAGCAGAGAAUGGACUUGGUGGAGGCCUUUAAUACCUCCAGAUCCCCUCAGGUUAUGCUGAUCUCUCUCACCGCUGGAGGCGUUGGCCUGAACCUGACCGGAGGAAACCAUCUUUUUCUUAUGGACAUGCACUGGAAUCCAUCACUUGAAGAUCAGGCUUGUGACCGGAUUUACCGAUUGGGCCAGAAGAAAGAUGUCUUCAUACACAGAUUUGUUUGUAAGGGAACGGUGGAAGAGAAGAUAUUGGAGCUCCAAGAAAAAAAGAAAAACUUGGCCAAAGACGUUCUGUCAGGGUCUGGAGAAUUUGUUACCAAGCUCUCCUUGGAUGACUACAGAGUCCUUUUUGAUAUCUAACCUCCUGUCUGUAGGGCUCAGAGCAGUGAGCGCCACUGUUGAUUUCUAUUAGGAUCUUGGUACAGCCACCUUAUGCGGUCUUUGAGCUCUCCUCCCCUCUCCAUGUCACCACUGAGCCUUACAUCUUACCCCAGAAUAAUGGAGAGGUCAGCUAUUGUGUUGACCAACUGGCUAAUCAAAUAUCAUGACGGUAAUUUGAUCAUGAUAAUCAAGUGAAUGAUAAUCGUAUUAAUGAGUGACCUAGAAACCAAUGAAUUACUUCAAAUAAAAGAACAUGCUUUAGAGCGAGGCCAUUUUGGAGGUCAGCCCUGGGAGAGGCGUAUGAGCGUAACUAAAAGCUCCCCGAGGCACCUGUGCCUUUCUCCUCUUAGCUUGGGGGUGCCCAGUGUUCUACUUCCUUACACAGGCUCCAUCCCAUCUUCGUCUCUUGCCAGAGAGGCUGCUUCUAGAAGCAUCUCUUAAGGGCUGGGCAGUGAGUGGACCCCUGUGGGCAUUGCUCUUGGUUGUCUCAUUCCAGGGGUUCAGAGGGACGAGGGGGGCACUUAGUAUUUCUGUCAUUGUGCCAUUGAGUAAUAGUGGCUCAUUUAAUUUUUGGGUCAUUGUAUCCUUUAGCGGUACAUUGUCUAUAGUGCCACACGGGUAGUAUUUGUAUCAUGGCAUUUCCUAUUUUGUCAUCUUUAUUACAUGUGUGGUUUUUACAAAUACACAGUAUUUGGAGCAUUUGGUAUCGUCGCUUCAUUGAGCAUCGUUGUGUCAUUUCAUUUUACCAUCGGUGGCAUCAUUUGGUAUUUGUAUUAUCCUUGGUGUGAUCCAAUAAAUGCGGGCUUGACAAAAUAGUGGAGCAAAUGCUGUGUGCUCGCC